UACCCCUACUUGCCAAGAAACCCCCAAAUGGAAGUGACACCCCAAAAAUCCAAAAUUGGCCAAAUAAACAAAUUUAAGAAGUUCAUUCAUCAUUUGAUUUCAUUUCUCCAGAGUCCACAUAUGACAGUGAUGACACACAUUCAUCUUCUCUACUGUUAGUCUCUCCCUACCUAUUUGCUUCUGCCAAGGGAACCAUUUUCCGUCCCCUCCAUGGCGAUUGCUGUUGGUUUGAGCCCCAUUACUCUCCUUAAUUACGGCUUAAAUCCUGAUAAAAAGAUCUCAUAUCGAAGAUUUGACUCCCUUGUAUCAACAUCCCCAGUUAGACUCCGUCCUAUCCGAGCUGUUCAAGAUAACGUGGGCCCUCGAAGACUAGUAGACAUUAUUCGCACAUUACCGGAUAUAUCAAGAAACUAUUUCAAGAGUCCUUCCCGGAGAGCUCUCUUUGGGGGAAUCGCCUUGUUAGGCGGGUUUUACGUGGCACAAACAAUUUCUCUGUCCUUUGGAGCUUUAGGGGUCAAUGAUGUUAUUGCUGCUGUAUUGUGUGUUCUCCUAACUGAAUUUGCAACCAAAUUCUAUUAUAGUCGAUCAAAGGUAACGUUUCCAAUCGCCCUUUUGAACAAUUUCAAGAUGGGAUUUACUUAUGGUCUGUUUAUCGAUGCUUUCAAACUCGCUAGUUAGACUGAAGACUCAAUUAUAAGGGUACUCUGUUGUACUUGUACAUAAUACUUCAGUGUAUUAGUUCCCUCAUAGAUGCAAUACUGAGAUCCUGUAACUUGCAAUUUUGACAAUAUGAUUGAUGUUGCUUCUUCAAA